CUCAAAUCCACUCCACCCAUCACUAUCACUUGUGAUUUAGAAGAGUUUCACCGAUUUUUUUGGGGUUUUGCUCAAGAAAUCAAAGAGGAAGCAAAUUUUCGAAAUUUCCUUACUUCUAAACACCAAAGGUACAUCUAAUAUGGUCAACAUUGCUAACCCCCGGAAUAUGAAUGUCACCCUAAGAGGCAAGGAGGAGAAGACAAGAUGGGCAGCUCUUGCACCGUUGGAUAGUAUGCCGUCUCGGUACCCGGUCAUCGACUUGAUCACAGAUAUGGGCAUUCAAACAUCUUGGGAAGCUCUCUUGGAAGCGGGCCACCUUAACUUUCUAUUUUCACAUCGUUAUGGAUCAUACAAGGUCUUAACUUUGGAGUUCAUGUCCACUCUCCAAUUGAACUAUAUCAAUAAAGCCUUGGCCUCUAUCACCUUCCGCUUGGACAAUGUCGAGCACACACUCACGUUGGCGGAAUUCAACUCCAUCUUCCAUUUGCUCGAAGAAAAUGAGGAAGGGUACAUUGAAGAGCCCCAAGACUAUAACAUGAAUAAUUUCUGGGGCCGCAUUACACUGGAUGAGGCCACGUCCAGCCAGGGCCCUAUUUGUGCUCCCUCCCGCGCUAAGUUAAACUUCAUCCGGAAUCCGGUACUGAGGUACAUGGCCAAGGCCUUAGUUUGCCUCCCGUUCGCUCACAAGGAACUGGGCAGCAUUUCUUCUGAUGUACUAUUCAUUCUAUGGGGCAUCUUGGCCCACCUGGGAUCAAUACCGCAUAUUACAUGAUUAAGCAUCUGGAGAGACAGGCAAAAAAGAAGAGUGGGAAACUAUGUUGUGGGGGUGUGGUCACCCGCCUGGCCCUCCAUUUUCAGGUCGAUGUGGAGGAGCGGGCUCCAGAUUCGGGGCCAAUGUCCAUUGAUUGGGAUUUUCUGAAGAAGUCGGGUAUGAUCACGGUGGACAGUAGGGGCGCCGAGUACUUCAUCCUAGGCCCGAAGACAGUCUUCUGAUUCUCCGACCCUCAGCUUACUGCUGUCGGGGGGUGGACUUAUCAGGAUAAUUGGAAGAUGAACUCCGAUGCCCAUUUGGCAAAAAUGGAGAGUGAUCCUCCCCAGGGCGAAGGUCAGCGACCUAUGCGUGUGGGCGCCCAUCUACUCCAACGCCCAGAGAUCCCCGAUUCACCCUUGCCUAACCGAGCUGACCAAGAAAUGGACGAAGAUGAAGAAGAGGAGGCUACAGAGCAUGAACCAGAGGGGACCAGCCGACCAAAGAGAAGCCGCCCAGUAGGCCGCCCUUCUAGGGACAGCCGAAUGGCAGACAUUACUUCAGGGAUCCGGCAGUUGCAACUGGGUCAAGACAACCAAUGGGAAUUUAUGCGAGAAUGGCGACGGGAGAACCAGCUGUGGAUGGCUCGUCAAGAAUCCCGUCUUGAGGCUUGUGAGACGCGGAUUGAGCACCUCCAAGCUUAGGGGAAAGACAGAUGGACUGAGGCGCAAGCCUUCUACCAGGCUUAUUAUGCGAGGUUUCAACCUCUAUCUGAGUAGAGGUAACCGACACCAUCCACCUCUCUCAAACUUAUUCCUUCCUUCGCAUUGAAUAAGUUUGGGGGGGGGGCGUCUGAUAUGGAUGGGUGAUGUUCCCCCUCCCCACUAUCUUUGGUGAUGAUGAACUUCAUGAUUGGUCGAUGUUUCGUGAACUAUUUUGAUCCGUAUUUUGUUUCUAUUUGAUUUGUGUAUGUCCCUCCCGUGGGACUUGAAUAUGGGGAUGUAAUGAUCGUAUACUUAUCCAUACUUUGAGGUGUUUAUUUUUGGGCGCUUAUGAUGAUUUCUUUUGU